AUGGCCGGUGGGGUCGGCGACGUGGUGGCCGCGCUUGCCGCGUCGGUGUUCGGGCAGGAGCUGUUCCUGCUUCAGUUGCAGUCCGUGGACCAUGCUGGCCUUGAGGGUCACUGCCAAUGGCUGCUGCAGCUGGUGGUGGCGGCAUCCCUCGUCACGAUCGCUGCCAGCGCCGUCCUGCCUAGGAGCUUCGCCAUGGCGGUGGUGCGGUCAUCGUCGGAGCUGCUCUAG